CAGCUUUUUUCACUGACAGCUGUCAUUAUCUUUGCUGUAUCUCAAAUUCCUAAAAAUUUUUAAAUAUGAAUCUACAUUGUCGUUGGCCCUUUUUUUUUCUUUUUUACCUCAUCUUAUCUUUUUCGACGCUCUUAAUUCAGAUAGGACGCGAUGGAUACCAUAUUGUACUACGCGGAUAAUUAUGUGUUUGACAAGCUUUAUGCCAAAAUCUGGCCUUCAUGCACAAAAGUAGUAGCUGACACAGUUAUCUCUGCUUGGCCUCGCGAUGAUAUCUGGCGUAUCAAUCUUUCAAUUUACAUGAUCACCUGUUUCUUCGGUUGGACUCUUUACUUGACAGCUGCCACUUUAUCGUAUUUCUUUGUAUUUGAUCAUGACUACAUGAAGCAUCCCAAAUUCUUGAAGGGCCAAGUGCGUAUGGAAAUUCAAUGUGCACUAGGUGCUAUCCCAUGGAUGACACUCUUCACUCUUCCUUUGUUCGUUGGUGAAAUCAAGGGCAAGUCAAUGUUAUAUGACGGCGUACCUCAAACAACCUAUGACUGGCUCUAUCUUAUUUUAUCUGUCCCUUCUUUCCUAUUCUUCACUGACUGCGGUAUCUAUUGGUUCCAUCGCUGGAUGCAUCAUCCCAAGGUUUACAAAUACCUUCACAAACUCCACCACAAGUGGGUCAUUCCUACUCCCUAUGCUUCUCAUGCUUUCAAUCCCGUCGAUGGUUUCUUACAAUCCCUCCCUUAUCAUUUGUAUGCUUAUAUGAUCCCCAUUCACAAGUACUUGUACAUGGGCAUGUUUGUUUUCGUUAACUUCUGGACUGUUAUGAUUCAUGAUGGCGCAUUCAUUUCUCAUUCUACAGUUAUCAGCACAAGUGCUCAUCAUUUUGUCCAUCACUUAUACUUCAACUACAAUUACGGUCAAUACUUCACAUUCUGGGAUAAACUUGGUAGCUCUCACCGUCAACCUACUGAGGAGCAAUAUGACAAAUCCCUUCGCGAUGAUGUUAAGGUUAUGGCCCGUCAAGCUCAUGAUGCUGAAGAAAUUGAAAAUGAAACCCUUGGUAUUAAGCCCAAGUCCAACUAAAGAUAGCUUGAAAUAAUGGCACGACAUCUUUUCAAAUUACCGAAAAAACAAACUACAAUUGUGGAUAAUCAUAUCUACAGUCAAAUAUCGACUGUUUACAACUUGCAUUGUGAUUUUUUUAGAUGAAUGACUACAACAUCCCAUUCUCUUCUUCCCUCUGCUAGUUUAUGUAUAUUUCCCUAUUUUAAGUAUUUUAUUUAUAGAUCACUCCUUUCUUGCAUCCUAAUUCUUAUACAAUUUAUAUAUUUUGUUCGCUUUCCAUUGUUUAUUACUCAAAACUGAUAUUUCGUAACACAUUCCAUCUAUCGUCUCAACUAGCAUUAUUAAUCAAGUAUAGUAAAUAAAUACUUUUUUUCCCUGCAUUGUUCAUAAUUCAGUUUCAGAUAGAAACCUGCUUAUCUGUUAUCUGAUUGUUAAAAUAUUACGCCGCAGGAAAAUUACGUAUUCAUAAAACGCCAUCUUCCGG